GUGCGGCCGGCGGCGGCGGCGGGGCAGCAGCGCGGACCCCCCCGCACCGGCACCGACCCCCCCGCGGACCGCCCCCCCCCCCCCGAGCAGGGACAGGACCCCCAAGGGGGACAGAGCCCCCCAAGAAGAGGGGCAGAACCCCCCCCCGAAGAAAGGACCGCCCCCCCCCCCGAGAAGAGACAUCUCCCUCAAGGAAGGGACUGAUUCCCCCCCCCCAGGGGAGCCCCCCCAGGAAGAGACAGACAGCCCCCCCCCAGGAGGGGCCGCCCCCCCCCGCGAUGGCCCGGCGCGGCCCCCCCGCCGCCUGCGCCCUGCCCCUGCGGCGCUGAGCCCAGCCAUGGAGCGGCGGGGGGAGCCCGGGCCCCCCACCCCCACCCCCAGCCCCGCCGCCGUCGCCCCCGCGCCCGCCCUGGACUUCACCGUGGAGAACGUGGAGCAGGCGCUCCACCAGCUGUACUACGACCCGAGCAUCGAGAACAAGAACCUGGCGCAGAAAUGGCUGAUGCAGGCCCAGGUCUCGCCCCAGGCUUGGCACUUCAGCUGGCUCCUGCUCAACAUGGACAAGGUGCCCGAGAUCCAGUACUUCGGCGCCAGUGCCCUCCACAUCAAGAUCUCGCGCUACUGGAAUGACAUCCCAGCCGACCAGUACGAGAGCCUCAAGUCACAGCUGUUUGCCCAAAUCGCCCGCUUUGCCGGUGGCUCCAAGAUAGUGCUCACGCGGCUGUGCGUGGCGCUGGCCUCUCUGGCGCUCAGCAUGAUGCCUGAGGCCUGGCCCUGCGCCGUGGCUGACAUGGUACGCAUGUUCCAGGCAGAGGACACCAAUGUGGACGGGCGGGCGCGUUGCCUGGCGCUCCUGGAGCUGCUGACGGUGCUGCCCGAGGAGUUCCAGACCAGCCGCCUGCCCCAGUACCGCAAGGGGCAGGUGCGCAGCGUCCUGGCGCAGGAGUGCGGCUCCGUCUUCCCCUUGCUGGGACAGCUGCUGCAGCAGCAGGACUCCCCCGGCUUCAUCAAGCAGAAGGUGCUCAAGUGCUUCUCCAGCUGGGUGCAGCUGGAGAUCCCCCUCAUGGACUGCGAGAGCCUCAUCCAGGCGGCCUUUGCCUCCCUGCAGGACCCUGAGCUCUUCGACACAGCCGUGGAGGCCAUUGUCAACGCCAUCUCCCAGCCUGACGCCCAGAGGUACGUGAACACCCUGCUGAAGCUCAUCCCCCUGGUGCUGGGGCUGCAGGAGCAGCUGCGCCAGGCCGUGCAGAGCGGGGACAUGGAGACGUCGCACGGGAUCUGCCGCAUCGCCGUGGCCCUGGGCGAGAACCAUUCCCGGGCGCUACUGGACCAGGUGGAGCACUGGCAGAGCUUCCUGGCGCUGGUCAACAUGAUCAUGUUCUGCACCGGCAUCCCCGGGCACUACCCUGUCAACGAGACCACCAGCUCCCUGACGCUCACCUUCUGGUACACGCUGCAGGAUGACAUCCUGUCCUUCGAGCCGGACAAGCAGGCGGUGUACCAGCAGGUGUACCGGCCCGUGUACUUCCAGCUGGUGGACGUGCUGCUGCACAAGGCUCAGUUCCCCUCAGAUGAAGAAUACGGGUUCUGGUCCUCGGACGAGAAGGAGCAGUUCCGGAUAUACAGGGUGGACAUCUCUGACACCCUGAUGUACGUCUACGAGAUGCUGGGCGCGGAGCUGCUGAGCAGCCUCUACGACAAGCUGGGCCGCCUGCUGACCAGCACGGAGCAGCCGUCCUCCUGGCAGCACACGGAAGCCCUGCUCUACGGCUUCCAGUCCAUCGCCGAGACCAUCGACGUCAACUACUCGGACGUGGUGCCCGGGCUCAUCGGCCUCAUCCCCCGCAUCAGCAUCAGCAACGUGCAGCUGGCCGACACAGUCAUGUUCACUAUCGGGGCCUUGUCCGAGUGGCUGGCUGACCAUCCUGUCAUGAUCAACAACGUGCUGCCGCUGGUGCUGCAGGCGCUGGGCAACCCCGAGCUCUCCAUCUCCAGCGUCUCCACCCUGAAGAAGAUCUGCCGGGAGUGCAAGUACGACCUGCCCCCCUACGCCGCCAACAUCGUCGCCGUGUCCCAGGAGGUGUUAAUGAAGCAGAUCCACAAGACGAGCCAGUGCAUGUGGCUGAUGCAGGCGCUCGGCUUCCUGCUCUCGGCGCUGCAGGUGGAGGAGAUCCUGAAGAACCUGCACUCCCUGAUCAGCCCCUACAUCCAGCAGCUGGAGAAGUUGGCCGACGAGACCCCCAACCCCUCCAACAAGCUGGCUAUCAUCCACAUCCUGGGCCUGCUGUCCAGCCUCUUCACUACCCUGGAUAUCAGCCACCAUGAUGACGACCACGAGACUGCCGAGGUCAAGAAGCUGCCCCUGCAGCAGGGGCCCAACCCGGUGGUGGUGGUCCUGCAGCAAGUCUUCCAGCUCAUCCAGAAGGUGCUCAGCAAGUGGCUGAAUGACGCCCAGGUGGUGGAGUCUGUCUGCGCCAUCUUCGAGAAGUCCGUGAAGACCUUGCUCGACGACUUCGCCCCCAUGGUCCCGCAGCUGUGCGAGAUGCUGGGCCAGAUGUACAGCACCAUCCCCCAGGCCUCUGCCAUCGACCUCACGCGGCAGCUGGUUCUCAUCUUUGCCAACGAGCCUGCCCACUUCCCCCCCAUCAAGGCCCUUUUCCUGCUGGUCACCUCCGUCACACUCACCCUCUUCCAGCAAGGGCCCAGGGAUCAUCCUGAUAUUGUUGAUUCAUUUAUGCAACUCCUGGCACAGGCGCUCAAGCGGAAGCCCGACCUCUUCCUGUGUAGCAACCUGGACGUCAAGGCCGUGUUCCAGUGCGGCGUCCUGUCGCUCAAGUUCCCCGAGGCCCCGACGGUCAGAUCCUCCUGCGGGUUUUUCACGGAGCUGCUGCCGCGCUGUGGCGAGAUCCCCCCCGUGGGGCAGGUGGUGCACGACGAGGGCAAGGUGCUGCUGCAGGCCGUAUUGGAGGGCAUCGGUGGCCAAGCCUCGCGCAGCCUCAUGGACCACUUCGCCGAGAUCCUCUUCGCCCUGAACAAGCACUGCUUCAGCCACCUGAGUCUCUGGAUCAAGGAGGCGCUGCAGCCCGACGGCUUCCCCUCCGCCCGCGUCAGCCCCGAGCAGAAGGACACCUUCAGCCAGCAGAUCCUCAGAGAGCGCGUGAACAAGCGGCGGGUGAAGGAGAUGGUGAAGGAGUUCACACUGCUGUGCCGGGGGCUGCACGGCACCGAGUACACGGCGGACUACUGAGCCCCGGCCAGCUCGGCCCGGACCCCGACCCCCACCCGCCCGCCCACCCCGCUGCCUCCUGGCUCGUAGCGUAACCCUCCCGCUAGAACUAACCCGCUCGGGACGCCUCGCCUGGCCCGCUGCACCGCGGCGUUGGCCCCUCCGCCCCCAGCAUGCUCCCUCCCGGGGACGCGGGCGCCGGCAGUGCCCCGCAGCAGGCUGCAGGACCUGCGGGGUGGCCGGAGCGCAGUGACGGCCCUUGCUGCAGCCAGGCAGCCGCCUAGCCCUGCCAGAGGCCAUCCGCGGCGGUGAGCGGCCUGGCCCGGCCCAGCCAACCUGUACGUGUGUGUGGUUGGGGGGGCCUGCACCUAAUUAUAUUAAGGAGAUUUCUA